UCACUCCUUCCACCUCUCACACUCCCUCAUUCUCGCCCUCUCUCUUCCCUCCUACGGCGUCUCCUGUCCCGCUGCUCACUUGGUUCCAGGUGUUUUCUCCCGUCACUGGAGGCAUCUCCCUCCCACACACUAAUAGGACCUGCAAACCAGCUCUUGAGGAAAUGGGCUCCGAUCAGAAAGUGGGCUACAAGUGUCGCGUGGCGGGGGUGCUCCUCCUCCUGCUGGCCAGCGUCGCCGCCCUGGUGGCCGUGGCCGUCAUUCAGGACACGUGGAGGUUCAAGGAGUACAGCGAGGAGUUCGGCAUCGUGAUAGACUCGGGCUCGUCCCGGUCCAACGUCUACUUGUAUAAAUGGCCCGGGCAGAAGCAGAAUGAAACAGGAGUAGUGACGGAACUCAUGAACUGUAGAGUUGAAGGGGACGGCAUCUCUGAGAUGAAGGUCAACAACAACCAGACGGACGCCGAGUCGUGGAAGGCGUUCACAACGUGCAUGGAUCGGAUCGCGCGGGUCAUCCCCGCGCAGAAGCACAACGCCACCCCCCUCUUCCUGGGGGCCACGGCUGGAAUGCGUCUGCUGCAUAAGAAGGACCCCCAGAGGUCCGGCGACAUCCUGGCGAGCCUCAGCAAAUACCUGUCUGCGCUGCCCUUCGCCUUCCAAAACGCCUCCAUCAUCACCGGCCAGGAGGAAGGCCUGUACGGGUGGAUCACCGUCAACUACCUCAUGGGGAACUUCCUGGAGAGGAACCUCUGGAACGCCUACGUGCGCCCGGCGGGGGCCAAGACGGUGGGGUCCAUGGACCUGGGCGGGGCGUCCACGCAGAUCGCCUUCGCCGUCCAGGCCAACCUCAGCGGGCCCGACUACAUGCGCGUCAAGCUGUACGGAUACCCCUACAACGUCUACACGCACAGCUUCCUCUGCUACGGCAGGAACGAGGCCAACAAGCGGGUCCUGGACAAAAUCGUGCAGGACUCGCCUGAUCCAACCCGCAUUCCAAACCCCUGCUACCUUGAAGGCUUCAACAUCACUUUAGAGGCCUCCUCCAUUUAUGACACUGAAUGCACCACGAAGCCCCGAAACUACAAACCCCAACAGAAGUACUUCUUGGUGGGAGCCCCUGACUCGGACAAGUGCGGGCGCAUAGUGAAGUCCAUAUUCGACUUCCAGACAUGCUCCUCAUCCCAGUGUUCCUUCAACGGCGUGGAGCAGCCGCCAGUGACCGGGGAGUUUAUGGCGUACGCUGGGUUCUACCACACUGCCAGCACUCUGCGGAUGAACGGCACGUCUGACCUGGACCAGUUCAACUCCUCGGUCAGGAAGUUCUGCCACACAAGCUGGGCAAAGGCGAGGAAAGAAAACGAGUGGGUGAGUGACAGAUACCUGCGGACCUACUGCUACGCGGCUCACUACAUCUUCACGCUUCUGACGGACGGAUACAAGUUUGACAAGGAGACCUGGAAGGGCAUUGACUUCAAAAGAGAGGUGAAGAAGACCAGCGUGGGGUGGAGCCUGGGCUACAUGCUGAGCAUGUCCAACAUGAUCCCGUCGGAGGUGAAGGAGACCCCGCCCCUGUCCGACCCCCUGUUUGCCGGCCUCAUCUUUCUGUUCUCGGCGCUGACCAUCGUCACCGCCGUGUUGGUCUUCAUCAUCAUCAUCCGCACCUGCUACUGAGGGCGCGCGGGUGCGACGGGAGCGCCUUUAAACAGCCCGCAGGAGCUGCUGUACUGUAAAUCCAAGGCCGCGGUAGCACAUGCGGAGGCACUUAUAGUUCGCUCAACCCUUUAGCCUGAGCUGUUCACUGGCUGCUUCAACCCUGAGACGCGGGAGCAGCUCGCUGCUCGGUUGUCGGGGCCUCACAGGUGGCUUCAUGUGCGACACCGGCGCCGCUCAAACGGAGAAAUUGGGUCUAAGUAUCAAAAAAGUAUUUGUUUUCUUUCACCUCAGGGACAUUUAGAUCCACUAUUGUGCAGGUUAAUGCGGGACAAGAUGAGGCCUGAGUGACACAAAAGGAGCAUCAGAAACGCCUGCGUCCCACGUUGUGUAACCACUGUAUGAAAUUAGGAUGAGAUCACAAUCACAAGUUUGAGCUUGUGCUUCAACACACAGACUCCAGGCAAAAGCACAGGUUAUUUAUGACUUAGCAACCUGUUUUGUUGUUCUCGCUGUAUUAUACAUGUAACUGCAAAGAAUGCGUCUGCUUCAAACACCCAGUGGUAGCACUUAACGUUUUAUACUAUGUAUGACCCCCUUUGACAUUAUAACCAUGCAACAAUACUCUACAAACUCACUGAAUGGAAAUAGCUUACUGAAUGUGCCAUCGUUGUGAGAUGCAGUUAUGUUAUGAAUGUGAGGAUGUGUUCAUAAUCAGUUUGUAUAGCUGUUCCCUAUAAAGGUUGUAUUAAUAUAUAUUUACUCAACGUAAAGUUCAGGUCAGAUUGGAUGAGUCGUGCUCGGGAAAGACUCGGGCUCGUCCCGGUCCAACGUCCAAGGAAACUGAAGUAUUUCAUCUCCUGCCUCAUCCAGCUCUGUGGAAAUAAACUGAUAUUGAACUUUAA